AGGUGCCACAAGUCCUCCUUUUCUUCAUACUUACACGGUAGUUUGUACAGACCUACAAACUACCGGGUAAAUGUGUGUGUGUAUAAACAGACGAAUGGAUUAGUCCAAGAAAUGACUGUUUAUAAACUUUUUUUUGUUAAUUUAUUUUUGUGUGCCUUUGGUUGGGGUGGAGAUAUGGGGAGCAGGAAAGUGUAUCAUCAUGGCCAAACAAAUUUCAGUACAACUUAAGAAAAGGUGAGGGAAUUGCUGUGGAUCUGAUCACUGCAAACUUCAGACCAAAACCCAGGGGUGCUGGAACAAUUUUUAUUGUGGGGGUGCUGAGAGCCACUGAAAUAAACUAUAAACCCUGUAUAUAAUGGAAACUGCUUCAAGACAGAGGCUGCAGCACCCAUACAAAUAUCCUUCAUUAUAUGCGGCCUAAUGGAUAGGCCUGCUAGGUUCUUUUUUUAAAUCAUUAUUUAAUUUAUUAUUAUUAUUAUUAUUAGCACGAGCAGUAAUUACAAAAUUUUGCUCGGUAUGCUAACUCCUCAACACAGAGCAGUUCUUGGAGAAAUAUUUGUGCUAAUGAAAGAAGAGAAAGUGGAUUCAAGUGGUAAAGCAAUUCAUGAAGAUUAGAUUUCACUUCACACCUAUCGAUAACAACAAUUCCCCCCUGUAGUUUGUGUGUAUUUCCCCUUCUUCCGUCUCCUUGUCUGAGUUUCCUCUACAUAAUCAGGGGCCUACUUGAGCGCAUGGGAGCCAGUCAGCAGUUCGCCUACAGGCUACAGCAACUGCACGCAAAUUAGCAGUGUUACAACUGUGAGAUUCCUUAUACUUAGUUCUUAGCGAUGUCGCUAAAAUCUAAGUUCUCCUAAAAUAACCAAGAUGUUGAAAUUCGCCCAGUCUAGAGUAAACUCAAAGUUCACGAGUCCGACCUGCUUGUUUAACCACAGCAUGCGGAUGCAAGGCGUCUGUCACCCCAGGCUGAUAAAGUGUUUCGAUAUUAAUUUAAGGAUAGAAAGUCACCGGAAACUAGCUAAAGCCAUGGUCAAGAAGGUGAAGUCAUUCCCUCGGGCGGAGUCCUCCAAGGCUCCAUUGAUAUCCUCCGCAGCCAAUCACAACCCCGGCACCGCUGCGCCUGCAUUCCGAUUAGGAACGCUGGCAAACCCAACGUUCCAAAUCGGAAUGCUUGGCGCAGCGGUCCCGGGGAUGUGAUUGGCUGCUGCGAAGAUGAAUACAUCAGAAUCAUAUGGUUUUGGAAGGCACUUUCUUAGAUGAUACAACGCAGGGGCAGCGAGAUUCCUCAUUUAGAGACUGGACUGAAUUUGUAUGCGUUGGAAAGCAGCAUUUUGCGAGUCAGGGCUCCCAGCACGAAAGGGUUUAGAGGGCAGAGCACUAGAGUGGCUAGGGGACCAGGUCCCGCAUCAGGAAGAAAGACAGUUGGGAAGGGAGGUGCCUCAGCACAAGAAAGCGACCCAGGCAAGGCGAGAGAUCCCAGCCCCCGAGCGGGAAGCCGGCAGAAGAAAAACUCUCUUCGCACUUUUCGCUCCCACGGGGGCUGCUGUGUGCUUCUUGAAUCCACGGCAGGAAAACGAUAAGCCCAGGAGGCGGAGUAAGCAGGGUGGAGAACCGUCAGCAAAUCACCUCCAAGCCUCCUCCGCAGUCCACCCAACUCCCUUCGGGGAGGAGGGGGCUUGGCGGAGGCGGGGCGGGAGGGAAGGAAGGGCGGGGCUCCUAUGAGGCUCGCGUCGGGCUUGUUGGACGGGCGCGGCGAGCCAAUGGGAGCCGGGCAGGCGGGGUGGGCGAGUGCGGAGCUGAGACAGACUGAUUGGCUGGGCGGGGGAGCGGUGCGGGAGAGGCGCAGGCCGAGCCCGAGAGCUCCGCGCGCCCCGGGGGUGGGGGGCGAGCCUCACUCUUUGUGUUUGUGUCUCUCCCCGCAAUGCUGCGUUGCCCGGCUGCGCCCGCUCCCGCCUGGUCUGCUGACGGCCUCUGCCCGCCGUGGGGCUGAAGGAGGAAGAGGAGGAAGCCAGGAGGCCGGCUCGCCUGCCCAUGCAGCAGCCCCGUCCCGACGCCGUCGCCCCGCAGACCUGCAUGGACGGGCAUGGGGAGAGCAGCACCUUCCUGCGCCGCCGCCGGGGCUGAGCAACGCCGCCGCCGGCUGCACCCGCCGCAGCCGGCCGCCCUGUUUCUCCUCUUCAACGUCGGGCUGCUGCUGCGCACAGGUAACUGCCAGCUGCAAACACCAUGUCGAAUCCAAAAGUGCACCACAGACUUUGUGUCAUUAACUUCGCAUCUAAACUCUGCUCUUGAUGGUUUUGAUUUGGAGUUCUGCAAAGCCCUGCGGGCAUAUUCUGCCUGCACCUAUCGCAAUUCCAAAGUCUGUCGUGGAAACCUAGUUUACCAUUCUGCUGUGCUAGGGAUCAGCGACCUCAUGAGCCAGAGAAACUGCUCCAAGGAUGGGCCAACAUCUUCUACUAACCCUGAAGUUACCCACGACCCCUGUAGUUACAGUGGCCGCAGAGGAGCCAGAGAACUUCGGGGAGGGGAGCAAACUCCUCCUACUUACCUCUUUUGUGGUUUGUUUGGUGAUCCUCACCUUAGGACUUUUAAGGAUCACUUUCAGACAUGCAAAGUGGAAGGUGCCUGGCCUCUCAUAGACAAUAACUACUUAUCAGUGCAAGUGACAAAUGUGCCUCUGGUGCCAGGAUCCAGUGCUACUGCUACAAAUAAGAUAACUAUUAUCUUUAAAUCAUACCAGGACUGCACAGAGCAGAAGGUGUACCAGGCAGUCACUGAUGACCUACCGGCGGCUUUUGUAGAUGGCACAACAAGUGGAGGUGACAGUGACGCCAAGAGCUUGCGCAUAGUGGAGAGAGUCAGUGGCAGAUACAUGGAGAUGCACGCCAGGUACAUCGGGACCACUGUGUUUGUGCGCCAAGUUGGACGUUACCUAACGCUGGCCAUUCGCAUGCCAGAAGAGCUGGCCAUGGCUUAUGAAGAAAGCCAGGACCUGCAGCUGUGUGUGAACGGCUGCCCCUCGAGUGAACGCAUUGAUGAUAGUGGUCACUUACCUUUGCCCGUUAUGGGGCAGCUUCUUCCACAUGCUGCCUCUACUCAGCCCCAGUCUGUGUACACACUGGAGAGUGCCACUACCAAAUGCCAUGAGAAGAUGCUGGUGAAGGACAUCUAUUUUUACUCUUGUGUGUUCGAUCUGCUCACCACUGGUGAUGCUAACUUCACAGCAGCAGCUCAUAGUGCUUUGCAGGACGUAGAGGCACUGCACCCCAGGAAAGAGCGCUGGCACAUCUUCCCCAACAGUGGAAAUGGUGACAUGGGCAAGAAUAGCAAAUUGUCCGUUAGUCUUGGACUUGUGUGCUUAAUCCUUGUUGCGUUUUUGUAGGGUUUUUUGUCUAUAACAAAGUUUUAAAAUAUAUAUUGUCAUAAUAUAUUGAGUAAAGCUAAGAGUAUAUAUGUAUAUACCAUGUAUAUGAAGGGAUGUUUGUCUUGGGACACCCGCCAGAUUGUACAUAUCAUGUUUCUGUUUUACAUGUAUGUUGGAUGUAAUAUUCUUUGAUUGUAUCAAUUUGUUUUGCAGUUGGUGAAAUGUUUUAUAAUGUCCCUGCAUUGGGACCUCAUAGAAAGCACUUUAUUUUUUAUAUAUCAAAUAUUUAUGUGUGUAUCUGGGUAAUAUGUAUAAUACACAUGUACAUACACCCCACCCAGUGCUCCCUCUAAGUAUUACAUAGUUUUACAAACUUUAUAUGUAAGUACUUUUUCUAUGUUCCUCUUCUUUCGACCCUUAAUUUCCUCCCAAGACCACCAGUCAUUCUACUGUGAAUACAACACACUAACUUGCUGUUCUCUCUAAGUGGAUCAUUCAGAACAGAGUCUGCUUAUGAUUUAUACAGCAAUGUGCUGUAGGUAGAACAGUCUUGGGUGUUUGAAGUGUUCUCUAGCUCAUUUGACAUGUUUUAAUUGCAUAGCAUGGCAUUUGAAUAUUGCCCUUCCCUCAAGACUGUUAGUUUUGUUCUGUGAAAGGGUUGAAAUCGAGGGAUCAUUUGGUUGCCUAGGCUUAAGGAGAGCACCUGACAUUCUUUUAAAUUUGCCUAGGUUAAGUGAAGUUGGUUGUAUCACUGUAGGAUGUCAAGGAGCGUGCUGGGAAAUUUUGCCUAUGCGCGCACUCCACACAAGCACACUUUUCCUUAACAGUCCCUGUCACAGCUGUCCACCUUCUCUGGGGCUGAAUGGGGGCUUGCAGUUUGAAUCUAAUCAGCUGGAGGGGUGCUAAGUGACCUAAGAAAUUCCCUUCCAUAAGCCGUGCUUCGACCAAAUGUGUUAGAAUAUAGGGAGAGGGGGAUUUUAGCAGAGUCCUCAUGCAUGGUAGGGAUAAAGUUCAACCAUUGGGUCACUGAAUCAAUCUAGUGCCUUAAAUUAUUUCAAGAAAGAGGUAACAUCUUACUUAGUAAAGAUUUUUCAAGAGUAAAAAUACACACAUGUGCCACUCCCCCCCCCCUCCCCCCCCGCCCCCCGUCAUGAUUGCUAAUCGGUCUAAGUGUUGUAUUCUGUUUUUCCCUUGGAAACAGUUUAGUGUAGAUUAGUGAGUCACUAGCAUUCCAAGGGGUAUGUCUACACUGCAUUUUAAAACCUACGGCCAUGAGUCUCAGAGCCCAGGUCUACAGACUCGGGCUUGGGGGCUCACUCCGUGGCACUAAAAACCAUAGUGCUCUGAAACCCACUCACCUCCAGGCUUCGUAGCCUGAGCUCCAGACCCAAGCCUGAAUGUUUGUGGCUAUUUUUAGUUCUGUAAUGUGAGCCCCAGUCUGUAGACCCAGGCACUGAAAUUUGCUGUUGCAGGUUGAUGGGGGGUAGUUGUGGGGGUUUUUUUUGGGGGGGGGGGGGGGGGGUGCUGUGUAUACAUGAAUAACAGACUGGAAUAGUCUUGCUUUCAUUACUCUAAGUUCAGCAAGUAAACUUAACUAAGUGCUUGUUCGUUGGGUAGUGUGAGAGGUGGUAAUUGGAAGUUAAAUCGCUCCUCUCUUUGCAUGGAAUGAUGAAGGGCUAGACAGAUUAGGGAUGGUCUCCUUUUACCAUAUGCUGGGACUCUCUGUUGGCAGAGAGACUUAACUUGACACUGGAAUGGGUGAAAGAUUUACAUGCCGCUUACAUUGAGCUGGGAAUGCUGUUUUGAAAACUAGUUAAGCUAGCUGGGUUUGGCUGGCCAGUGUGGAAGACAGAACUGUGUACUAGACAAGAACCCUGUCUAAUCUGUUCAGACAGUUUGCCCCAUCCCUUCUGCCUGCCCACACCGUUUAGACUGAGUUAGCUGGAAAUGGUUUUCCAGCUGCUCUAGGUAAUGUGGUUUCUGGCCUACUGUAGAAUUGGGUAGAGGAGGGGAGCUUUCCUGUUUUGCUGCUCUAACAUAGUGUGUGGGGGGGAGGGAGGGACCCUUUGGUGCACUGAGUUUAAGAGUAUUGUGAAAGAAUUGUGGUGGCUGAGCCUAGAGUUGAUGCCCAAGUACAUGGUAAAUGAUGCAGGUCUACUAGCUAGUUUCCCGUGCCCCCAGUCCCACAAAUACUUGUAUAUACACUAGUAGUGAAUUGUGAGCCCCAUAGACAAGUAAAAUUUCAGAAAUGUAGUGCUUCCUUGAAAGCGUUUUCUUGUUCCUGCUGUGGGAUUUCUUGAGAAAAUGUUAUUUGCACAUGUUGGUUCUUGAAGUCCACGCUAGCCAAAAGAGCUUUAUUUAAUGCCAAACAUCUGGAUAUUUUGAAGCUUAGUGAAUGGUCUCUGGGGAGAGCUUACGCUUAGAGGGAACACUGGUUUUCACAGACACUCCAAAUGGCUCUUUUUUAGAAGGCUUCAGAUUUUAUUUUUAUGCUUGGAAACCCCACAAUGUGUCAGUCUUUGCAAAACUUCCUAGAUGUGGUUCAUGGAUAUACCAGUAAGUAUAUGUUUGUGUAAAAGAGUGACUGUGCAGUGUGUAAAUACUUUAAAUUAUUAUGAUAGAAGAAUAAAGUUACAUACCAUGCUGUGGAA